AUGUCACUCACCAUUUCCUUAAUUUACUACCUUUUUCUACUCCUUCUUUUUGGAUAUUUCGUGGUGUAUCACUUUCCACAAACGACUUCAUCCACAUCAGACGCUGCCUCGGGCAACAACCCCGACCCCAACGAUCAGGUUGAGGAACUAGAUCAUGAGAAGUUCUAUCAUCACCCAGCUUGGUCACAACGCUGGUAUCACCCUGAACUCACUGAAGAGGCCUUUUCGAAAUAUAAGCAAGAGCCAUGGUUCAAGAAUGCGGCUCGUCGUCCUUCCCAUCAGGUCUUAACCCAAUUGUUCCCAUGCAAUCUUCCUUGGGGCUUCAUUAUCUAUCGAACAGUCUAUACGCCUGAAUCUGAAGAGCUGUGGCCAAUUGUGCUAGAAAGAAUCGCUGAAAGGCUGAAAAAGGGGGUCAUGUCUGAAGCCAGGGGCAAUGAAUCCCGCGUUGAACAAUUGAUGGUCAAAUCACACAAAGACGUGAUCAUUUCUGACCCUCAUCGUUGGAAUACUGCCAGCAUUCCACAAAUCCGCAGUCAUUUCGUCGAAUAUCUGCGUAAGCUCAACCAAACGGGAUGCCCCGAUAUUCCUCGUCUUGCCUCUUGUCUUUUGAUUGAUGAGAAAUCACUAAAAUCAAUUGUCGAGGAUGAAAAACAUGGGUUUCUUGGGGUAAUUGAUGGGUGGUAUAACCCCGAAGAGAAGUACGACUCCGCUUCUUACCGCGGAUUUAUGAGGGUGCAACUCAUUGGCUUAUGGAGUCUCUAUUUGGAUCUAAAUCUGAACCCCAUGUGUAUGCUGUGCCCGGAUUACCCCGAUGGAUGGAUUCCAGUUUUCGAUGGCGGCUAUGGGACGAUUCAGGAUGAAGAUGGGAAUGAAUAUGUGAAACGCCUCGAGGGAUCAGCGGAACGAGGACGAGGACGAGGACGUUGGUGA